UGCCAGCGCUGCCGUUGUGGCUUGUUGUAGUGCUGCUGCUGUAAGAUCCACCACCAGUGUGGCCGACACAGUCCUCCCUUUCUCUCUCUCUCUCUCUCUCUCUCUCUCUCUCUCUUCUCCCCCACUGUUAGUCGAGCACCAUGGCGGAACGAGAGGACGCAGUCUACCAAGCCAAGCUUGCCGAGCAAGCGGAAAGAUACGACGAAAUGGUGGAGUCGAUGAAGAAAGUGGCGAGUCUGGACUUGGAGCUGUCCGUGGAGGAGAGGAACCUUCUGUCGGUGGCGUACAAGAACGUGAUCGGCGCGCGGCGAGCCUCCUGGAGGAUAAUUAGCAGCCUGGAACAGAAGGAAGAAAGCAAAGCGGGCGAAGAAAAGCUGACGAUGUACAGAGAUUACCGGAAGCUGGUGGAGAACGAGCUGAAAUCAAUUUGCAGCGACAUUCUGGAUGUACUGGACAAUCACCUCAUCGCAUCCUCAACCACAGGAGAGUCCAAGGUUUUCUACUACAAAAUGAAGGGAGACUACCACAGGUACCUUGCGGAGUUCGCCACAGGCAACGACAGAAAGGAAGCAGCAGAGAACAGCCUUGUGGCGUACAAGGCAGCCAGCGACAUCGCCGUGAACGAUCUCCCGCCCACGCACCCCAUCCGCCUUGGGCUGGCCCUCAACUUCUCAGUUUUCUACUAUGAAAUCCUCAACUCGCCGGACCGCGCCUGCAGGUUGGCAAAGGAAGCCUUCGACAGCGCCAUCGCUGAGCUGGACACACUGAGCGAGGAGAGCUACAAGGACUCCACCCUCAUCAUGCAGCUGCUACGUGACAACUUGACACUUUGGACCUCAGAUGUGCAAGGAGACGAUUCUUAAAAGGACACAUCUCCUCAUUCUUGCUCCCUCCUUAAUAAAAUUUUGUCUUGUGACGAACAGAACACAGACGCCCCCCCGCCGGAAGUGGAGGACGAGGCCAAGUGAGACCUGAACGCCUCGUCACAAUCUCUUCCCUCCUCCCUCUCGUCUCCUCAAACUUCCCAUUCUUCUUCUACUACUUUCUCUUCCAUUUCUCCCCUUUCCUCGUAUGCACACCAUCUCACACCCUGCCAUCUCAUUUUCCAAGACCUUUUUUGCAAUAUUGUGCCCUUUUUAAAAAAAUCUAAAAAAAAAAAAAAAAAAAUCCCCAGUUUUCUUUUGACACUUUCUGCUUCAUGUUGCCAAGUCCGCUCGCCUGUUUCUGUCACUCACACGCUGUGCUACAUUAGUGUGUGUGUGUGUGUGUGUGUGUGUCUUUAAACGCUUCGUUAUGUUAUGUGGAGAAAAGGGAAGCGUGGAAGCUUUUUAGGAACAACUCAAGUGCCCUCUUUAUAUAUCCAACAGGUCUUCUCGCUACUAUUGUUUGAUAUUGUUUGGUUGUAAAACGACAAACUGCAGAAUGUCGCCGCUCUCUGACCUCUGCUCUUUUCAUCCGAACUCUUGUGCUAAUUAAUGGCUAAAGGCGGCAGAUAGCUAGCUAGCGUGUUAAUAAGGUUGUGUUUGUGUGAGUGUGUGUGUGAGUGUGUGAUUUUUGAUUGUAACAUAAUGCAGUUUUUGCAUGGGCACAAACGGUGAUAAAAAAAAAAACAAAAAAAAAAACUAAAAACUGUUUGGGAAAUGGAGUAUUCCUACUUAACCAACCCUUCCUCUCCACCCUACCCUUCCCGGUGUCAUCAUCUUCUCUUUCGCCUACUCGUCAUCUCUUCCUCUUCCUCCCCCUGGUCGGUGUGUGUUACGUGAAUCUGAUUUGUACUACUGGAUAUUGUCAUCGGAGCCACAAGUACCAUCUGUAUUCUUCUUACUGAAAACACAGCAUGGAAUUAACAUUAAAAACUUCAAACUGAAACAA